AUGGCCAUCAUAUCAGAAGUUGCCAGGGACAUGGCUCUGGACAGCGACGUGGACGCUGACUCCUCCCCUCUGGGCAUGGGAAGCGCUGGCACAGUUUCCACCCCGGAUACAGAGGUCACACCACCGGAGAGUCCUGUUCAAGAGCAUCGAAGCCAUCUGUCGAGUGAGAGAUUGUGGGCCAAGAAGAAACUGUCACAACUCACUCAAGAGGAAAAGGUUUCACUUCUCACCGCUGCAGACUUCUGGAGGACGAAAGCCAUCAAUUCGAAAGGGAUCCCAGCAGCAAAAACAAGCGAUGGGCCGAACGGUGCCCGAGGAGGAAUCUUUGUCGGCGGUACAAAGGACCUACUGUACGAGGUCGGCCAACAUCUUGCGAAUGAGGUCAAGGCGAGGUCGGCUCAUAUAUUGCUUGCGCCUACUGUCUGCAUGCAUCGUCAUCCUCUCGGAGGCAGGAACUUCGAGUCCUUCUCCGAGGAUCCGCUUCUCACAGGGAAACUCGCGGCACAGUACAUCCAGGGAUUGCAGCAGAAAGGGGUUGCUGCCACUAUCAAACACUUUGUCGGAAACGAGCAGGAGACUCAUCGAUUAACGAUAGAUUCUAUUGUACAGGAGCGGCCGCUGCGAGAGCUAUAUCUCAAGCCGUUCGAAAUUGCUGUGCGGGAGGCAAACCCGUGGGCUAUUAUGUCGUCGUACAAUCUCGUGAAUGGUGUUCAUGCAGACAUGAACAAGCACACCCUGAAGGAUAUCUUGCGAGGCGAGUGGGGCUAUGAUGGGACAGUCAUUUCAGACUGGGGCGGCAUAAACUCGACCGUGGAGUCUAUCGUGGCUGGGUGCGACAUCGAAUUUCCCUUUUCGACAAAUUGGAGGUUUGAAAAAGUCCUAGACGCGCUUAAAAGCGGAGAUCUCUUGCAGGCGGACAUCGACCAAGCUGCUGAAAAUGCGCUGACACUGGUCCACCGAGUCACGGGUGGCGAAGCAUACACCGAGGAGCCAGAAAGGCAAGACAACCGGGCCGAAACGCGGGAGUUGAUCAGGGAGGCUGGAACUCAAGGUCUGACGCUCCUCAAGAACGAGGGCGGCAUCCUCCCGAUCAACCCGAAGACUGCGAAGCUGGCUGUGAUCGGCCCCAACGCCAACCGCGCAAUCGCUGGGGGUGGAGGAAGUGCGAGUCUGAACCCCUAUUACAACACACUCCCCUUGGAAAGCAUCAAGAAAGCCGCCGAGCAGGAGGUCAUCUACGCCCAGGGCUGCCACAUCAACAAGUGGCUCCCUGUUGCAUCACCCUACUGCAAAACGGAAGACGGGAAGCCGGGUGUAACAAUUGACUGGUUCGUAGGCGACCAGUUCAAGGGUGCACCGGUCGUGCAGCAGAGAAGGACGAACACAGAUCUCUUCCUAUGGGACUCGGCACCGCUCGCACAGGUCGGCCCGGAAUGGUCGGCGAUCGCGAGGACGUCCUUGACACCAACAAUCACAGGGAAACACACGAUUAGUUUUAUGAGCGUCGGGCCGGGCAAAUUGUACCUCAACGACAAGCUCGCUUUGGACCUCUGGGACUGGACGGAAGAGGGCGAGGCCAUGUUCGACGGAUCGGUGGACUACCUUGUGGAGGUGGACAUGGAAGCCGGCAAGGCGGUGGAGCUCAAGGUCGAGAUGACGAACGAGCUGCGGCCGAUUUCGAAGCAGAAACAGUUCAACAUGACGCACAAGUACGGAGGCUGCCGCAUCGGCUUCAAGCAGGAGGACAAGGUUGACUAUCUCCAGGAGGCCAUUGAGGCCGCAAAGCAGGCCGACGUUGCCGUCGUCAUUGUGGGACUCGAUGCGGAGUGGGAGUCUGAGGGAUACGACAGGCAGACGAUGGACCUGCCGUCGGAUGGUAGCCAGGACCGCCUGGUCCAGGCUGUCGUCAAGGCGAACCCAAAUACCGUUGUUGUGAACCAGUCCGGAUCACCAGUGACGAUGCCAUGGGUUGACGAGGUGCCUGCGAUCGUCCAGGCGUGGUAUCAGGGGCAAGAGGCAGGCAAUGCACUGGCAGACGUGCUGUUCGGUUUCAAGAACCCCAGUGGGAAGCUUCCGUGCACUUUCCCCAAGGCCCUCACAGACACCCCGGCCUACCACAACUGGCCCGGCGAGAACCUCGGUGUCGUCUACGGAGAGGGGCUGUACAUCGGCUACAGGCACUAUGAGCGUGCCAACAUCGCACCGCUGUUCCCCUUCGGCCACGGCCUGUCCUACACGACCUUCGAGUACGGGCGGCCGUCGCUCAGCGCGCGGGUCCUCUCCGAGGGCGAGCCGCUCGAGCUGCUCAUGGCCGUGAGUAACAUUGGCGACGUCGACGGCUUCGAGACGGUGCAGAUUUACGUGCGGGACGAGAAGUCGAGGCUGCCUAGGCCCGAGAAGGAGCUCGUCUCGUUCGAGAAGGUGUUCCUCGAGAGGGACCAGACCAAGCACCUCAAGAUCAGAAUCGACAAGUACGCUGUCGGGUACUACGACACGUCGCUGAAGGCGUGGAUCGCCGAGGAGGGGAAAUUUGAGGUCCUAAUUGGGGCCUCUUCGGCUGAUAUCAGACGGAAAAUAUCGUUUGAGGUCAAGGAGUCCUUCACCUGGGUCUUCUGA